AUGCCGGAAGCUACUAUGCAUGCACAUGCGAACACGGUUCGAUCACUAGAUACUGAGCACAUUGAUACAGAGAAUCGUAAAAAUAGGAUGUGUGUUGACUCUUCCACCACACACUAUUUGAAUUCACACAUUAGUGAGCAUAGUUCAAAUAUUAUCAUUCAAGAUCACAUUCAAGAAGAUCACAUUCAAGAAGAUCACAUUCAAGAUCGCACUCAAGAUCACAUUCAAGAUCACACUCAAGAUCACAUUCAUGAUCGCACUGAAGAUCACAUUCAAGAUCACAUUCAAGGUGCCGAAUCAGAAGCAGGGGAAGUAGUGGGGGAACAAAGUGAAGAGGAAAGCGGAGAUGAUAGUGAAAGGCCACGACAGACGAAUACAGAACAACGACACGAUGACAAUGGUUCUAAUAAAGAACAGCCUUCAUCCGAGCGUGGCAACGACGAUCAUUCUAACAAAGAACAGCCAUCCGAGCGUGACGACGACAAUUGUGAAGUAGAAUCGUCGGCCGACCUGGAUCU